AUGGAGCAAAAAGAGUCAAAUCACCAAGUUCCCAAGUCUAGAGCACCAAAACAUUUCUCGCUAAAGACCAAACCGGAGCAUCCGAAGUACGACCGCAUAUUCAUGCCUUCCCGACGUCCAAAAGUCAUGAUUCUUAUAUGGAAAGAUAGAUAUUUGAGUCAUGACCCGCGGCGAAGUGGAAAGAGGUCAUUUGGAUCACUCGUUGGACCGGAACUUAUUUUCUACCAAGACAUGUCCGACGAGCGCCUAAGAGUAGUAGUCGAUGUUCUUCUAGAGAUUGGAGAUACAAAGAUACCGGUGGACUUUCAUGUGAUGAACAUCAAAGAAGGAAGUGAUACGCCCCUAAUACUAGGCCGACCUUUCUUGGCCACUGCUGGAGCUAUCAUGGACUUACCAAACGGGCGAAUCUCUUUAGCCAAUGUUGACAAGACAGUUUUCUAUCCCACCAUACCUUUCAUCUCACCAACAAAGCUGUCCUACUUCAUCACUGCUCGAGACCGCCCAAAAGAACCACCUGACCACGCCCAAGGACAUGAUGAGACAAACACCAAAAGACUUUGA